GCUUCACUAACGCUAGCUAUGAAGUUUGUGUACCUUGUUUUUUUAACAAUGGCUGGAGAAAAUCCGAUUUUACCUGCAUAUGUAAGGUCACUCACUGUGCAGGACCAUUAUUGUUAUUUAAAUAAGUUAACUUUAACGGACAAAGUCAGAUUGGCCGACCCUAUGCUGAUGGACGAUCUGACAGGAUUAACGUUACCUCCGAUUGAGUGACUCGUUAAAGAAACCUAACGAGUAAUAAAGAGACACAGCUGCACACUAUUACCCACAGUUUAUGAGUGCUAAAGGACCAUAUCUAUUUCUCCCUCCGUCAUCCUUCAGUGGUGUGUGCCAAUCCACUCGGCCUAAAUGGCACACACACACCUGGACAGAGUAUGAGUGACCACAGGACUUCAUAUCAGCUUCAGAGUCAUCAUGUGGUUGACACAUCCCACAAGGACACUGAUAAUGCCACGCAGCCAAAACAAGCUCUCCUCAUGGAAACUAUCCCGGCUGAGCCCUGCCCAUAGAGCUCAUCACAAACAGAUUGUGAAAUAUUACAACAGCUCCAAGACUCAGCACUCAAGGACGACUUUCUGGAAAACAUCCAGGACAACAUAUCACAGCCACCGGAAACACCAGAGCCAGAGCUCAUCUCACCAGACACACUAUCCCUCUCUCCAGCAUCUCAACUUCUAAGCUUCUCACAGAAAAUGGAGGAACUGGUGUAUGCUGGGAUCAAACUCUCCCACUCUUUCGCUGCAAGUCCCCAGAUAUCAACUAAAAAAGGCGGGCCUCACAACCACCAAAGACUGCAGGCCCAGCUCUCCCUCCUCCUCCUGUGAGAGCUCUCCGACCGCUGCCACAACGCCAGGCCCAAACCCUCCUCCAUCGGCUCUCUGUUCUGUAACUGCACACACCACAGUGUGUGAAUGGAUGGGUAUAAGUGUAAGACCAACGGGCGUGUGUGGUCUCCACCUCAAUCAUUGAUGGACAGGAGCAGCUUUUGCGGUUCUGCAUCCAGAAAGUGGAGCUGGUUCCUCUGCACAAGCCCUUCUACUGCCUCAGCAUCAAGGGACUGAUGAACACACAUUGUUGCUACUCUGAUUACUGCAACAGCAUCGACCUCAGCCUGCCAACCGUGACAAGCGGACCGGGUUCAGGGCAGGACUGGGGGCCGCUGGAGCUCACUGCAGUGGUGGUGGUGCCGGUCUUUGUGCUGUGUGUGCUGGUUCUGCUGGGUGUCUUCCUGUUCCUGCACCACCAGCGGGCCUACGGUCACCGGCAGAGACUGGAGGUAGAGGAUCCCAGCACUGAACACAUGUUCCUGACCAAGGACAAGACCUUACAGGACCUCAUCUACGACCUCUCCACCUCAGGAUCUGGUUCUGCCAGCCUCCAACACAGGCAGCCAGAAACGAGUGAGACUGCAGCUGUUUUCCCUGCAAGCGCUGCUGGAGAGCCUGCAGGCCUUUAUAAGUGAACACAAAGCAGGCUAGAUUCCUGGAGUGAGUGUAUGUGGCCUGAGCGAUCGCCCUAAACUUCUCUCUCAGACUGACGAUGAUGUGCAGAUAAAGCGAAGAUUAGAUUUUUUUGAUUAUAUGUUUCAUGUCAUGCUGUAUAUCUGAUUAUUUGUCACAAACAGCAUGGGUACAAAAAAUAUACAAUGCAAAAAAAGAAGCACUAAUCAUCUCAGAUUUUGGACCCCACUGUAAGUGUAUACAAAUAAACAAGAUAUUAAAAGAAAUGUAUAAUGUGGAAAAAAUAAGAUGGUUUACAUUAGUCACAUAUCAAAAAGUAAAAGUAGCAGUAGCUAUAACUAUUUUGACAUUAAAGUGACAUGGAGUUAUCUGAGAGUUCAAAGUUCACUUCACCUGACACUUCUGAACAGAAACAUCAUCACUAGGGCGUGAGGGGCACGAAUUUUAACCCCAUAUCUAGAAAAAAAAAAAAGUAAGCAAAAUAAGACCCUCUUCAUAUGAACAUUACAUAAUUACAUAAUUUCAGUUAGUCGAAUGUCUAAAACUAGCAAUAUGCAAACCUAUUACUAUAAGUUUAAUAAAUAUAACACUCAAAAAGGGGGAAAAAAAUAAAUCUAUAUCAUUUCAAUACACAAAAUUAAAUAUAAUUAAAAGUGCUGCAUACCAGUGCCCCCCUGUCAACAAGCUUGGCCCCUCCUUUGGCCCCCCUAAAUCUGCAAUCAUAUCAUAGCAAACAAUUUUGGGUGAAAUGAGCAGUUGUCCUGUAAACUCUCUCUCUCUCUCUCUCUCUAUAUAUAUAUAAGAAAAACAUCACCAGCUGCUAAAUUCAAAUCUGCAUUCGCUGGCUGGCACUCACACAAUUUCUUUUAUUUAUUUUUUUCAAAACAACAUCCACUCAAACAAAUAAACAGGGAGGGGGGAACAACAGACACACCAUCAACAAUUUCAAUUUGUAGUAAAAAGGACAAGACAGAUUGACAACAAUUGGACAUUCCCAAAACAUGUGGAGAAAAGUAUCUGCUGAUACAGUGUUACAGAUAUGACAGUUAUAGGUCGAUUGCAGUUUCAUUUUAAACCUCUUGUAAAGAGUUAUGUAUGCUCUAUGGAUGACUUUGAAAUGGAUGAAACGAUGAGCCAAGUUUUUAGAAGUUAAGAUUAGAUUAGAUCACACUCUCUCCCAGUCGACCGAUAAAUCAAAAUCUGUUAAUUCACGAUUCCAGAUAGAUUUAAUAGAAAGAGACUUUGCAGUGUGAUCAUUAAGUUUACUAUAUAUUAAAGAUGGCCAACCAGAGGUUAGUGCGAUCCAAUCCCACAUAGGAUGAGAGGAAAUAGGGGAUGCCCAGGGAACUCCAUAGGCCUUGAGAGCAGAAUGUAACUGAAAAAAGACAAAAUAUGAUGAUGCUGGUAAACAAAAUUAGUCCCUGGUUAUUAUAUAAGUCACCGCAUGUGUUUCUGCCCAGUGUAGACCAAGAGGGCUGGACAAAUGGCCGAUUUCAAUGUAGGAUCUCUUUUGAACAACACACAAAAUAAUCGCAGAACAGCACAUUCCUUAGAAGAUGUUAAGAAGUCUUCUCUCAGCCAUCUGCAGUCGUAAAAUUAAUAAAUGAUCAAUACAACGGCCAAUUGUCUGACUGGCUUCCCGUCCUGCUCUCUUCUCAUGAGACACAUAAAAACAAUGAUAGACUGGAGAAGAGAAGGACCCUUUCUACAUCUGGGCGUAUUUAAGAACAGAACUUCAAUGUUGUUCCUGACUGGCUUAUCAUAAAUAAAGUUCGAAUAAACAACAGUACAAAGAACUGCUUAUCUGGAGAUAUUCCAGAAACAGACGGCUCGCGAGACCCGCGACCCUUUUACGCACAAACUACUAAUCUGAUAAACACAAACGAUUGACUCAUAGCUCCGUCUAAGCUAAGAAAAUAACCAGAUCUACACAACGUUACAUUCGCAUGACCUCAGAACGGCUCCCCCUUUUCUUUACUGCAUUCCAAAGGAAACGUGCCCUUUUCUCUUCUAAAUGCAGACAAAGAACACACAAACUUUUAUGGACUUUGCCAAAAAGACAAUCAAUAAUUACUGCUGCUAUUAAAGCAAUAUACUCAAUAGACAAUAUAUACUAAUGUUGUAUUUUAUGUCUUUUAUAAGCUUGCUGUGUUAUUGGAAUCUAUUAUAUUUUUAACCUUUGCUGUAUAACUUUUCCCUUUUAAGCCAGAUCACCAGUGUUUAAUAUGGUAUGAAAGCUUGUGUUGUUAGCAACAAUUUGGUGUGGAUGAAAUGUGACCUUCUGCAUCAUACGCCCGGUUACAACACUUUAUAGAAAUCUGCUAGGAUAUUUUCUCCUGAAAUCAUCUGCUCACAUUUUUUAAUGGUUAAAAGUUGAUGGUUUGUAAUGUUUGUAAUGGUAUUUUUAGUGGAAACCAUUAAAAUUUUCUGUGGUUUUU